CACACACACACACACACUCACACACACACACACAUCUUCCCACACACACACAAACACUCAAUCACACUGAGUCGCUGCAUGUUGGAGCAAACGAGUGAAGGCUACUCUGCGCUGCUGCCCGGUUACCGAAAAGCGGCGUUUUGAUUUCGCAGUCUGCGGCGAGCCUCGUCGUGACAGAGUUUGGAGACGGCUGAAGGAGCAGUGAGGAGCGGGGGGAGGAAAAGGUGGUGUCCUCCUGUCAGAAACACACACCCCCCCCUUCUGACACAUGGCUGACAGCGGGAGACGGAAGGGGCGAGAGUGACUCCGGGACAGACAGAGAUCCAGAAACACUCGCACAGAGCGAAAGAGGCAAUUGGCCAUCUGUGGUCAGUCCCCUGCUACUCUGCAGCUGUGUGGGACUCAUCGAACGGUUCUCAGCGACCUCAGGACUUCAGACAGCAGAGAGUGAGAUACAACUCAUGCUCAGAUGAUGAGCCUCGGCUAGGGCAAUGUUAAGGCCUCGCUGGCCCCGGAUUAGGCCCCUGGGGCUGCUUCUUUGGAGGGGUGGCUGAUACCCCAGCUGGAUCUUCCGCUGUCGCCAUCCUCUACAGCUGUCAUUAGUGGCUAAUGAGCUGCUGCUAGAGAGGAAACGGAGAAGGAGCCUGUGGAGAGAGGAGGUUCCAUACAGCUGUUAUUAAGAGGCCCAGAGCUCUCAGACAAGGAAUUCUUCCCUUUUUCUUCCUCUGCAAGAAAGUGGAACCCUUUUAAAGCUCCUUGGAUGUAAUGAUAAAGGGAUAUCGACUUUGGAUGUUUUUUUCCUAGACAUUUGCUUUGAAAAUUAUGCAGUUGAAAGAUUUAUUAUUUUUCCAGCUUAACUUUUUUUAAACUCAACUGAGGGAUUUAAUCCAUCCAUUUUUUGGUUGCAGUAAUUUUGCUUUAGUUUGACACUUGACAUUAUUUUGACCUUCAUAUGCCCUGAAGGACAUUGGUCACCAUGGCAGCAGCCUAUCGAGUAGUAGUGAGCAGUGUGAGCUGCUACAACAGUGUGGUGGUGGACCGGCGCACUCACUCCCAUGCCGUGCACUACUGCUCAGGGCCAUGUGGGGCGCUGUCCCAGGGCCUGGACUGUUCUGUUGCUCACCACGGCACGUGUUCGGAGCUGCUUGUUGCGCCUGAUGCUGCAUACACUGACAACUCACUCAUACACUCCCAUAACAUGAUCACCCAACAACUUCCUCACCAUGGUAAAAUUACUGUCACCAUGGAUGCUAGUUAUAAUGGUGGUCUAGAGAGGGCGGACAGCAGUGGAAAUUUGUCAUUAGGGGAGGAGAGCCCCACAUGGCGUGGUAAAAAGCCCUCCAGUGGCGGAGGAUCCACUGGGAACCUGAGCUCCUCUGGAAGUCUGAAGGACAUCACGGAAGAGGCCAUCAAUCUGGCCAGUGGUAGGGUCAAAGAGUUUUCGUUUGACAAGCUCCGCCUCUCUUCCUCCAGCCAUGUCACCUUCCGGAAAGGUCGUAAAGUUCGUCCUGACUCUCUUAGUCGCCGCUCAACCGAUCUGGAGAUCAUCUACGGACACUUCAGCUCAAAUGUCACCACAAACGGGACUGCUCAUGGCAUGACAAAUGGCUCGGGUACGUCCAAUGAUGAGAACCUGCCACCAUUUGUGCCAGGGAAGGUAGCAAGCCUGGAGGAGACAAAGCUAAAGGGAAGCACAGCCACCUUGUCGUCCAUUGCCAAAAUGAGUGGCGGAUCAACAGGCAGCUUAUCAAGUUUUGGGUCUUUGGACCAAAGUCUGAACACAAUGGCCUCACUGUACCGCAACACCCUGGGAGAGGAGAACCUGAUUGCCCGUCUGCUGGAGAAAACACGAGCAGAGGCGGGCUCUGGAGCAGGCGGUGAGGAUAUCCGUGCCUGCCUUGAUAUCCUUCUCAAAUGUUCUGAAGACUUAAAGAAAUGCACCGACAUCAUCAAGCAGUGCAUCAGACACAAAGCUGGUGAUGGGCCAGAGGACGGAGAAGCCAGUCCGGACAGUGUAUAUCGGGCCGUGAUGACCCGGCUCAGUUCUUAUUUGAAGAGAUUGCCUCUGGAGCUGGAGGGAAUAGGACAUUUGGGAGGCAGUGGGCAAGGGGGGCAGGGUACGCCUGGAGGAGGGCACAGUGAUCUUGCUGAGCUGGUUAGCACUCUUCACUCCAUUCAGCAGGGACCAUACUCUCCAAUAUUUGGCAAUGAGCAACCUCCUCGCUAUGAGGAUGUGGUGCUGUCACCUCCCAUCCCAAAGACUGUUCCUCAUUCUGCUUCCUCCUCAUCUUCCUCUUUGUCUUCUUUAAAGUCCGACUCCAUCCACACAAAAACAAUCCAAAGUUCCCCGUCCAGACCCACUCCACUUACCAAUGGACUACAACAUCCACACCCUUCUUCCAUCACACAACACACACUCUCUCCACCAUCUAUCACAUGCUCUCCCGCCAGCUCCUCACCAACACGCUCUCCUUCUCCUCUUCGUACCUCCCCCACCCCACCGUACACACACACUCCUUCAGUAUCCCCCAUGGAGGCUCUUUAUAUCGAGGAGGAAGAAGCAGAUGGGGCAAAGACACCAGAACAAUUUCCAAAUCAGACACACACUCCAACCAGAGGUAUGAACGCUAUGCAGAACAACAAUGGGAUGACAUUGGGUCAACACAUUCAAAUGUCCCACCCACAAACUUUCCAUAACUCUUCAAAUACUUUAUCGGCCAGCACUGGCUACAGCCCCGCUUGGCCUUCCUCUGUUUCCCCAACAGUCCCAGCAGUCUCACACAGGAAUGAUGACAUUGACAAGCUGCUGAUGGACUUGGAAAAUCUGUCUCAGAGUAUGAGCCACCCCAGAAACCCUGAGCCACCACUUCCAGCCAAAACUAGGAAGAGAGAAGGAGGCAAGGGUAUCACUUCAGGUGAGGCCGUCACCAAACCUAAAAUGGCUCAGUUCCAAGCCCAAAAGCCAGCCAGCCACUUAGCAAUGAAUGGCCCUACCUCCAGGACUCCCCAGUGCCCCAGUCCCCCUCAGGGAGAUAACAGUGUAGCUGUGGUGGGAGAGGAGGAGGAUGGGGCACUGCUACUGAGGAUCCUGGAGAGCAUUGAGAGUUUCGCCCAGGAGCUGGUGGAUUCUGGGGCGGGGAGCACAGGGAGUGCUGAGAGGAAAAGUGGGAAAGAGCGGGAGGUGAUGAGGCUCCUGCAGGGUACAAUGGCCACCACUGCCAGAGUUGAUACCCCUGUGGAAAGCACAAGCCCAACACCUGAUCCCACUGCUCCAUACAUGCACACACAUGCAGCUACAAAACUGCCAGCUGUACCGCCAAAACUCUCCCUGGCAAAUGCACCCGUAGUUUCACCUGCACCGACACCUCUUAUUGCAGUGUCUGAAGUUGUGUUCAAUGCUCCAUCCGAACCUGUACCUAAACCUAUACCUGAAGCUGCCCCAAAACCUCUGCCUGCACCCAUACCUGAGCCUAUAACUGAGUCUACAGAUGCAGUGACAGAAGACUCUACAAGAGCAGCUGAUCCAACAUCCCUCCCUGCCCCUGUAACGUCUGCAUCUGCAAGCUUGCAGUCCUCGAUGCAUCUGGCUGAACCCUCACCUGUGGCAGCACCUGAAACUCCAGCUCCUGUUACCAUCCCCACUGCAGUAGCCUCAAGAGAGGCUGAUGUUGCUGUUGUUGACGCUGCUGCUGUGAGAGACACCGGGUCGACCCUCCUCAUCCAGCAGACUCCAGAAGUGAUAAGAGUCCAGGCCAAACCGGAGAAGAAACCAGGCACACCUCCACCAGCUCCGGCCCUGGCCCCGACAUCACCAACCCCCACUCCGCGCUCACCCAGCCCUCCACCGGCUCCGGUGAUAGUCACCCCCCCUCCCCCUGCAAUCAACAUUCCCAGGUUCUACUACCCCCGUGGGCUCCCUGCCAUGGGCCCGGCCACCAGCCACGACUCAGCCAUCGCUACCAUUGAGGCGGCCUUCACUGAGUUUGAGGAGGAGAAGGCGGACAUCUAUGAGAUGGGCAAGAUCACAAAGGCAUGCGGGUGUCCACUUUACUGGAAGGGCCCCAUGUUCUACUCAGCAGGCGGUGAGAGGACGGGCUUUGUCUCUGUUCACUCCUUCAUUGCAACCUGGAGGAAGUUGUUGCACAGUUGUCACGACGAUGCAUCAAGGUUUAUCUCGUUGCUUGCCAAACCCAGCUGUAACUACCUGGAGCAGGAGGACUUCAUCCCUUUAAUGCAGGACAUAGUGGAUACGCAUCCUGGGCUCACAUUUCUGAAAGAUGCUCCUGAAUUCCAUUCCCGCUACAUUACAACGGUGAUCCAGCGGAUAUUCUACGUGGUGAACCGUUCGUGGACGGGUCGUAUGACCAUGAUGGAGCUGCGCAGGAGUAACUUCCUGCAGACCCUGGCCCUGCUGGAGGAGGAGGACGACAUCAACCAGAUCACCGACUACUUCUCCUACGAACACUUCUACGUCAUCUACUGCAAGUUCUGGGAGCUGGACACCGACCAUGACCUCUACAUCGACCCCAAAGACCUGGCCAGAUACAAUGACCAUGCGUCGUCAAACAGAAUCAUUGAAAGAUUGUUUUCGGGGGCAGUUACUCGGGGUAACGCUGUGCAGAGGGAAGGCAGGAUGAGCUACGCUGAGUUCGUCUGGUUCCUCAUGUCUGAAGAAGACAAGAAAAAUCCCACCAGUGUAGAGUACUGGUACCGCUGCAUGGAUGUGGAUGGCGACGGUGUCCUGUCCAUGUUUGAGUUGGAGUAUUUCUAUGAGGAACAGUGUGAGAGGAUGGAGAGGAUGGGCAUCGAACCUCUCCCCUUCCAGGAUUUGCUGUGCCAGAUGCUCGACCUGGUCAAACCUGAGAGCUCAGGUAAGAUAACCCUUGGUGACUUGAAGCGCUGUCGCAUGGCCCACAUAUUCUUCGACACCUUCUUUAACCUGGAGAAAUACCUGGACCACGAACAAAGAGACCCAUUUGCUGUGCAAAAGGACAUUGAUAGUGAAGGGCCAGAGCCAUCGGAUUGGGAUAAAUAUGCCUCAGAGGAGUACGAGAUCCUGGUUGCAGAGGAAACUGCAAAUGAGCAGCUUCACGAAGGGUCCUUUGAUGAUGAUUAUGAGUCCGAGGAGCUUCAAGUCUCAGGAGAGAUUGGGAAUAAAAUGGAAAAACUGGUCAUUUCAGACCUGACAGCAUAAAACUCUUCCCUGGAUUCCUGGGUAUUUCAUUCUGGAAAACAAAUUGGAAAAAGUGAUUGAAGGUCCCUUCAGAAUGGAGCAUCAAAAGAUGCAUGGACGGAAAGACAGAGAGAAACAGGUUUCGCAUCUGUUUCUCAAUGACUCUGGAGCCUCCUCAGAGCGCACUCAUCGUUUUUCUUGUGUGUUUUCGACCAUAAACCAGUACUGUUCUGUGUCUGGUGCAAUAACGCAUCUGUAUUUAUACAGAGAACUAUUUCACUGCCUCCUUGAUCCGGCCGAGAGAACAAAGCGAAAGAUGGUGGGGAGAAAUGUACUAUAAGCUCUUAAAGUAAUCAAGACAAAUACUCUCUGUAUACUUAUAAUGUAAAUGUGAAUUUUUUACAGACAAUCCUGCCAAAAGACAAUCAUCUGAAGGUAGACAGACAGAGACCUAGAGUUACACAAACAGUGUCCUAGUUGGCUAAAUAUGGACACAGAAACUUACAAUUAUAGUGAUAGGAACUGAAAACGAGCAGUCAUCUGCUCAGUAAUGACACACACAGACAGACACUGCCAUCAGAAACCUGCUGCCUGUGCAGCAUGUCACUAUGUUCCUUGUUGAAGGAAGUUGUUAAACCUCCAGUCCCUUCAGGGAGGAAUCUUGUGACAGUAUUGCUGAUUGUAACAGCACCUCUCUGUGGCCGCCCUGUGCUACUGCAGGACAUCACUGUCAUGCUCGGUGCAUAAUGGCUGGCCAACUUUUCCAAGAGGGAGUUCAGUUUACUGCACAGCCUGAGCUGCUCUAUUAUUAGUGCAGCCCUAUCAGCGCUCCACCUCUGGACUCCCUUUGCAAUUAUUUUUAAACCCUAGAAAAAAAGUGUCUGACUUCAGUCAGGCCACAGUGAGGCAUAUGCACAUAAAAUGAUGCUAUUGACAAACAUAUCAAACUCUCUGGUAGAGUUGCCCACACAUUUCCCCCUGUAACAUUUGCAAUAAUGCAAUAGAUAUGCAUCCGAAAUCUGAGUUGUUUGUGUCAGUCUCAUGCAAUUAUUCAGCACAUCCCACUGUGUCUUUGUCACUUCCUUGUUGAUUAUGUACAGUACCUGGUAAAUACUUUGAUCUGUUUCUGAAAUUUAUGCCAACAUUUUUUUUUCUGCUUAAACAUCUCUUUGUCAUGAAGCGUUUGUUAAUGAAACUUUUUGUACACACCACUGCCUUUUAAAAGGGACAGAUCCCCCAAAUAAUGACUAUUCUCACACCUUAAGUAUUAUCUAGCCUGCCGAUAGUUUUGGUUUUAUUUGCAAAAGUUUUAUGAAAUGAAUCUAUGCGAUUUCACCUCAACCAUACUACAGCAAAUAAGGGGAUUGUUGUUUUAUUGAAGCUACUUAAUUUUUCCAGGCUUUUUGCAACAACAUUCUUUUUACAUUAUGAUUGUGUUUAAUUGGAGGCAGAGAUCCCGGAGAUGGGUGUAUUAGAAUGAAAUAAAAUCAGAAUUGUUUUCAUUUAGCCUUUUAAUUUAAAUAAAACAACCCUUUACCUCUGUUACUUACUGUGCUGCACUCCCAGAGACAGCUGCAUGUGUACACUGCCCUUACUGUAGUAGCUAGCAGCGUGUGUUUGCUCAGAAAUCAUGAUACAGCGGUGUGUUUUAGGAGCGUGUGAUGCUCUGUGUAGCUCUCAGUUUCGGGCUGUUAAUACGUCAUCGUUGUUGCCAUGGGGAUGGGGUUCCCAGGGUCAGUGUGUGUGUGCACGCUAGUAUAACUCUUUAAUUAGGAAAGGGACAGCUUUUGUCCCCAAUGGCUCCGAAUUCACUGCCAUAUACCUCCUUAAGAGGCAUUUACUGUACACAUAUACACACACACACUUUAUUUGCUAUUGGAAAGGAGAAAGCUAGUGGAUGCUGUAAGGCUUUAAGGACCUUAAGUUUACCCUUUAUGCUCUAUUGCCAUUGUAAAUGUGCCUGACUGUGUAUUGAAAUAUAUUAUUAUAAUAAUAACUAAUGAUAAGCCAUUAUAGAUAUAACGGCUCAGAUUUGUUGUUGUAUUUUGAUGGUUUGUAUUGCUGUGCCACUGUGUGGCUCGGGAUAGGGGGGUAAAUUAUGAUAGAAGAUAUCAGCUGUAUGUUUGUGUGUUCGAUGCACGGUGGAUAUCAUCAGAAGAAAAUAAGGGGUCUGACAAUCACAAAAUAUGAGAAACAUCUCAUGUGGAGACCUCUGAGACUGAUGUUCUCUUCGCUGUGGUGACACACACACUCACACACUCCCAAGGAGACCCGCUCAUGGAGACAGUGUUUUAGAAGAACUGUUGAAGGCAGUGGGACCCGAUUAUGUCCUGGUACUCACACACGCAGCAUCAGGCCGGGAGACAAGCCAUGCAAGACUUUGAUUUUGAAAUGAAAUCGCUACUUUGAUAUGUAGACAGAAGAUCUUUAUUUUGAUGUACUUCCUCUGUGCAGAGGAGACUUGAGUAGGCUGAGACGUGUUCAAAUACUGAUGAUUAUUGUAUUGGCAUGGUCAUCUUUCUUUCUCUUUCUUACUUACUUUCUUUCUUUCUCUCUUACUUUCCUUUUCUUAUUUUUUCCUCCUAAUACCCCUCUCUUCGUUCCCUUUUCUUUGCCCUGCCUUGUCAUUUGUUGCUUUUUCUGAAGUUUAAAAGUUUAAAUAAAAAUAUGUUUCAAGAAUAAUAA